GGUGGGGGGGACCGGGCUGGAGAGAGGGCAGGGAGGCGGGCGAAGAAAAGGCCUCAGCCUGGGAUCCCCCAGGGACUCCCCGGAACCGCCGCUUCCCCCAUGGAUUUGCCUGGGGACUCCAGCCCUUCUACACAGCCAAGCCUGUGCCGUCAGCCUCUAGCUCGAGCAUUAUGGGAAGCCAGGAGCCCGAAAAGACCGAGGCUGCAGCCUUUGGGGAGCCCUUCAUCCCUGGAAAAGGCCUCUCGGAGGGUCCUGGCCGUGGUGCUAGAAGAUGUCAUGGCUACAAACAGGGUUCCCCUGGCACACAAAGCAGACGUCCCCAGCCUACUGAAUCACAACCAUCAGCAGGAUUCUGUCUGCACUCAGUCACCCACUUUACCAUCCCACCAGGUCAAGUGGUCCUUGGAAGCCAGGCCUCCUGACCCACUGCAUUUGUGCAGAGAACCCUUGAGUCGUAUCCGCCAGUCCUCACCCACCUCGAGGAUGAGAUCAAGGAUGGCCCCCGGCCCAGAGGAGAGCCCUUCACAAAAGACAGACCAGGUCCCCCAGCCCACCCUGGUGGUGGUACUGAAAGACAUUGCCAGUGCCAGACAACCAGUUGAGGGUUUUGCUGAAGAUCAGCCCAACCUCAUUGUCCCAGCACAAAGAGCUGAGCCUGUGACAAAAGCUGGUCAGCCAAUGCCUACACCCAGUGACCUAGAACCCCCAUUUCAACUGUCCACUCUGCCUGCAGAUCCUCCAGAAAGCCCAGUACCGGAGCCUGCUCUGGAGACCCCACUGACCCCAACAUCGUCCAGUCUUUUACGCCCCCGUCUCAGUCCCUGGGGCUUGGCCCCCCUCUUCCGUUCCGUCCGAUCGAAGCUUGAAAGCUUUGCUGACAUCUUCCUCACACCCAACAAAGCGCCACAGCCUCCACCCCCUCCACCUCCCAUGAAACUGGAGUUGAAGAUUGCCAUCUCAGAGGCUGAGCAGUCCAAGGCUACUGAGAAAAUGACAUCUGUCAGCCCCCGGCCCCCUAUCCGCCAGUGGCGGACUCAGUGCAAUUCCCCAGCACCUGUCCCUAAGUUACCUCUGGGACGAAGCUAUUCCUGCCCUGAUCUAGGGCCCCCUGACCCAGGUAGCUGGCCUCCUGUUCCAGCCCAGUCAAGCCAGUCCAGGCCUCGGAGACAUACUGUGGGUUGUGGGGAGAUGGCCCGGACCCCACCACCUCCUCGGCCCUGUCUCCGGAAAGAGGUCUUCCCUCUUGGAGGAGUGGGAGUCUCACCUUCUCUUGCUACAUCUUGUUCAGCCAAUGCCUCUGCUUCCUUCUUCUGCGAGCCAGCCGAACCCAGAUUAGGUUCAACAAAGGGGAAGGAGUUAAGAGCGACGAAAGACAAGGUGGUUUCUGAUCCAGAGAAGAAGACCCUGGGGAAGGUUUCUAGAUUCAGAAUACGGAGGACACCUGUCCGUCUACAACCAAACCUUACACCAAUGGGGCUGCCUCGACCAAUCAGGUUGAAUAAGAAGGAGUUCACAUUGGAAGAAAUUUAUACCAAUAAGAAUUACCAAUCACCCACAGCCAGAAGGACCUUUGAGACCAUCUUUGAGGAACCACAGGAGCGCAAUGGAACUCUGAUUUUUACCAGCUCUAGGAAGCUCCGAAGGGCAGUAGAGUUUCGGGACAGUAGCCUUCCUCGAUCCCGGCGACCAUCACGAGGGGUCCGAACUGCAGCCAGCAGAACCCUUACUCCCAAUCUGGCACCCAGCCAGGAUGUGGGAUCUCUACUGCAAGAACGACUGAAGGAGCUAGAUGCCUUGCUCCUAGAGGAGGAGAUAGACAGGGAACACCCUUGUCACCUCUAGGAGCUCCAACUGUUUGUCCAUCCGUCCUUUAGGGAGGGGAGAAAUCUCUGAAUCAAUUGUAUUUUUUUCUCUAUAUUUCUAUAAAGUUUUCAAUAUA